AUGAACUCCGAUAAUAAUGAGAGUUUUAACCUCACCACCACAAAACCGUCGACAAAUAUUCCUUAUUACGGAUUAGCCCUUACAGUAAUACUUGCAACGAUUGCUGGCAUCAUGAGUAUCGUCACCAUCGCAGGCAAUGUUGUUGUUCUGAUGAGUUUCUUGCUAGAAAGAAGCAUCAGACAACCGCCCAACUACUUCAUCGCUUCGUUGGCAGUGUCCGAUCUCCUCAUUGGAGCCGUAUCGAUCCCGUUUUAUGCGGCAUAUCUUCUGGCUGGUCAACGAUGGUUGAUCGGAGAAUUUCUCUGCGAUCUUUGGCUUUCCAUAGAUUAUAGUGCGUGUUUGUGUUCUAUAUACACGGUGUUUUGUAUUACAGUCGAUAGAUUUUGCUCCGUGAAAAUUCCCGCAAAAUACAGAGCAUGGAGAACAGGAAGAAAAGUUUUGAUAAUAAUUAUUGUAAUUUGGACUUUUCCUGUGGUGGUGUUUUUCACUUCAAUAUUUGGUUGGCAGUAUUUUACUGGAAAGCGAGAUCUGAAGGAGGGUGAAUGUGAAGUACAGUACUUGAAAAAUGCUGUUUUUAAUUCGCUCUUACAAAUUGGCUAUUUCUGGGUAACUAUUGUCAUUAUGAUUGGAUUAUAUGUAGGAAUAUAUAUGGUUGUAUUAGGUUUACAAAAAAAAUCUGAAGAGAAACGCAAAAAAAUAGCAAAUUUG